AUGAAGAAAUCGGAAUUGAACGGUGGACUUCAAGCACAUUUAACACAACAGGAUGAGUUCAUAUAUGAACCAGACGGCGCAAGUUGCCCUAUUAAUGGAUACAAAUUCUCGUGUACGAAAACAACGCUGGUUUACCUGGCGUGUGUUCUCACCUGCGGAAUUUUCUGGCUCAUACUGCACUGGUUUCCCCGUCUGAUGUUGCGGUUGUCGCAUCGUCCGUGCUCCUUGGGGGAAGCCGACAAAGUGCUUAUCAAAGUAAGCUUUACGAGUGAUGUGAUACUCCGGCACCAAAAGAAAUACAUGAUUUGGGAUGAGACGACGGUUACCUUCUUCAUAUACAAACAGUUGAAGUACACAUGGAAUCAGGCCACAACACAGUUUCUUCUCCUCAGUGAAUGCAACGAACACCCCUACUCAAAACUGUUCCCCGCCAAGCCAUUGCAAGAGCGCAUUGUGUUGGCUCGUCGUGCUCUGUAUGAGCCAAAUGAGAUUGUCAUCCGCUUAACGCCCAUCCUAAAGAUGCUGCUAACAAAGUGUCUCAACCCAUUCUACUGUUUCCAAGCGUUCAGCUGCGCCUUAUGGUUUUCCCAGGAUUACUGGAUCUACGCUCUGUGCAUUGUGGUCCUCUCAGUAGUGUCUCUGUGCUUGCAGAUCUACGAAAUGCGACGAAAUGAGGUGGCGCUGAAAAGAACGGUCUGUGGCUCUGCUUCUGUUUCAGUGUACAGAGAAGUCAAUGGGUUUCCCAGCUACUGUGUUGAUACCCUCCUUUCACUGUCGCAUACUUUUUCUUCUCCCCUUCCCACUCCUUUACUAACUCUCCUUGUACGUCCAUCACUUAGUGCUGAUGACUCCGUUCGUCUUGCAUCGGUUUUGCUUGCAACAUAUGCUCGUCACAUGGCGCCGACAUACUCAGGUAUCCAAAUCAAUCUUCAAGCCUCGACACCCAGUUAUUUAGCCGCUGUCAAUGUCCGCGCUCUGAGACAAGCAGGGCAACAAGCUGUUCUUGCUCUCACUCUGGACUCGCUUGACAUUGAUGUGUGCACUUUCCAGCAAGUCAACUCAACUGAGCUGGUUCCCGGAGACAUCAUCGAAAUUCCGCGGAAAGGUUGCACCAUGCACUGUGAUGCUUUUGUGUUGAAUGGAAAUUGCAUCGUGAAUGAGAGUACUCUAACAGGCGAAAGCGUCCCAGUUACCAAGACACCUCUUCCAGAACGACAGCGGAAAAACGAAAGCUUCAAUUUACCAAGCUUGUCUCGACACGUUUUGUUCGGCGGAACUUGUGUCAUUCAAACCCGAAACUUCAACAACGAAGCUGUUUUGGCUCUUGUUGUCCGCACCGGCUUCCGAACAGCCAAGGGCGAAUUGGUGCGCUCGAUUUUGUAUCCAAAGCCAAUGAAAUUCAAAUUCACAGAGGAUGCUAUCAAAUUCUACCUAAAAAUAACAGCCUGUUGUACUACCCUCUUAUCACAGUACCGCGCACAAGUGGAGACGUCAUCGCUGGUCAUGCGGACAUUAGAUCUAAUCACCAUAGUCGUUUCACCGGCCCUCCCGAUGGCCAUGACCGUUGGAAUCGUGUUCGCCCAACGUCGUCUCCGAGCUAUUGACAUCUACUGUAUCAAUCCAGGUGCUAUCACAGUCUGUGGGGUUAUCAAUAUUGCUUGUUUUGACAAGACCGGCACUUUGACAGAAGAUGGCAUGGAUUUGUGGGGCGUUCUACCAAACAUACAAGGUGUUUUUGGGGAACCUAUUUUCAAGCCUAGUGAACUGGAGAAUGGUCCGCUCUUGGAAGCAAUGGCAACGUGUCACUCACUGACGCUGAUUGACGGUGUGCUUUCCGGUGAUCCUCUGGAUCUGAAAAUGUUUCAGUCCACUAAGUGGGAAUUUCUGGAAGAGUUUCCCGAAGGUCAGUGUAAGUUUGACAUGCCUAUACCUUCUGUGGUGCGUCCAGUUCGAGAAAAUCCGUUGGAGGAAGACCAACUGAUGGGUGCUUACGAGGUCGGUAUUUUGCGUCAGUUUCCCUUUACAUCCUCGUUACAACGAAUGUCCGUCAUCACACGAUCUUUGUAUGGCUCCGAGUUCUGUGUGUACGCAAAAGGCGCCCCAGAAAUGAUAGAAACACUCUGCCGUCGUGACACAAUCCCGUCGGAUUUUCAAUCAGUUUUGUUGAAGUAUGCCAGAGACGGGUACCGGGUGUUGGCUCUGGCAUGGAGGCCACUGAAGGUUUCCUGUGUACGGGCACUUCGCAUAGAACGCGAACGCGCCGAACAAAAUUUGCUGUUCUUGGGUUACCUUAUCAUGGAAAAUCGACUGAAGAAGGAAAGCAAUUCUGUUAUUCAAACUCUCAAAGAUGCCAACAUACGGCCUGUCAUGGUGACAGGUGAUAACAUGUUGACAGCCAUAUCGGUCGCUCGAGAUUGCGAGUUUAUUGAUGAGUGGGAUCGCAUAAUCAUUGUUUCGGCCAAACCACCACCACAUGUAGCAACCAGCGAUGGGACUAAAGUCGACAGCCCGGCCCAUCCAUACGCACCGCAGGUCAAUGCGCACCUUGGCACAGAGUUGGAUGAUGUUGCACCACUUGUCGAAUUUCACUAUGCAGAAGAUUUGCACAAACCAGUUACUGAGGUUACCGCAACUCAUGACCUGAAUUCCGUUCUGCACACCCAACGCACCCGUCAGUCACGGCAGACAGUCCCUCAAACAUCGGUGAAGAAGACUCGAUUCUUUGACCGCUGGUGGCCAUUGGGAACGAAGCGGCGCUACAGUGAAACUCAGUCAGAAUUCGACUCCCAGGCGUGCGCGCCCGUCAGAAGUGUUCAUUUCGUAACUGAUGCUCCUGUUUCUGGCGAUCAAAACAGUAAAAGUAAAGUUGGCUUCCGAAAGGGCCCAAAUCUAUUGGUCCAUCCAGUUCCACGGGUGAAUAUCCGCAUGAUUGACCGACCGGAUUUUCAUCUUGCCAUCUCAGGAAAAACAUGGAGCACCAUUAAAGAACAUUAUCCUUGGCUGAUCCCCAAACUGGUCGUCAAAGGGACGGUGUUUGCACGAUUCUCACCAGACCAGAAAACACAACUUAUCGAGACGUUGCAAUCUGUAGGCUACUUUGUUGCCAUGUGCGGUGAUGGAGCGAACGAUUGUGGUGCGCUUAAAACUGCACAUGCGGGAGUCUCACUGAGUGAAGCUGAGGCGAGUGUUGCGAGUCCUUUCACAUCGAAGCAACAGAAUAUCACAUGCAUACCAGCAUUGAUACGAGAGGGUCGUUGUGCUUUGGUCACGAACUUCGGAAUCUUCAAAUUCAUGUCCGGCUACUCCCUCGUCCAAUUUUUCAUGACCAUCAUUUUGUAUGUGGUCGGUUGUAAAGUAACCAACGGCCAGUUUCUCUAUAUGGAUCUGUUUCUAAUUACUCCACUGGGUAUAACCUUUGCGUACACCAAAGCGUAUCCGCAUCUUUCCGUGGAUCCACCAAGUAUUCACCUGCUGUCCACCGUUCCUUUGACUUCUCUGGGCCUUCAGCUGAUGACAAACUUCACGCUUCAGAUUUUGGCAUUUGUGUGGGUUCGCCAACAGCCAUGGUACUUUCCGCUGUUUGAGGUCGAUAGUUCGUUCGAAGCAAGCAAUUACGAAAACAGUGCCGUUUUCACGGUUGUUCUAUACCAGUUUAUCAUACUUGCCGUGGUAUUCUCUCAGGGUGCUCCAUAUCGACGUUCGAUUCUCUCCAACUAUUUCUUUGUCUUGAAUUUACUGGCGUGCAUCGCAGGCACCCUAUAUCUGACGAGUUAUCCACAUGAUGAAAUACUCAAACUUCUUGAGACAAUACGAAUUCCUUCGAUUCGUUUCGUUAUCCUCCUUCAUGGUAUCGUGUUGGCAAACUUCCUGAUCUGCUACUUGCUUGAAAUGGUCGUCGAUGGUGUAUCGUUUCGGCGUAAUAUGCUGUACAUCCGUCGUGCUUUGUUUCCCAGGUUCGUUCAAAUAAAGGACUAUGAACGCAUUCGAGAAGAAAUUGACCGCUUGGCAGGGUCAUGGCCUCCUAUCAUUCGAUCAGCAAGCGUUCAAGCUCUUCCAUCGGAACUCUUCAAUGAAGAUGUGCCUGUUGGAUUAGACGACCGAUCGUACAGAAGAGCUGCGUCUGUUCUGUCCUCGGAGUCAGAGGACGAGGAGCUUGUUUCACCCAUCCAGAUUGACUCGCCAACAAGGGUCGCUCUCGUCCCGCCUGAUAGUAGCAUAGAGCAAUACGGGGAUGUCAGAUUUCAGAUCGGGGAUGUCGAAGCAGGCAUUCUGGGAGAAUCCAGUCACCGAAUCAGGUCACGCCACCCUUCAGGUUGUUCUGUUAAAAUACCACGUUAUUAUUCUCUGGAGGAUGUACGCUUCCACUUCUCGGGCAUUCAGGCAGCUGGUGAUACCUCAGCUGGGGACAGUGAAAGUCAAGAUGUGUUUGUUUCGCCCAAGCCGCAAGGCGAAGAAGACGCACCUGAACAACAGUACAUGGUUGGUAACACUGAACGACGCAGACAUUCGCACAGCUGCACUCAAAAGCCCACAUGAACAAUCUUUGCAGUACGAUAACAAGCAGUUAGCUACUUAUUGACUUCAUCCUUGUCGAUUGAAUUUAUCGGCCUGCCUCAAUUCAAGCGCCCAUGCACCUUUGGAUGCGUAUUGUUGGUUAUAGUGACAUGCACCGCAUCUCUUUCGGAUGCCUCCUGACCGACCACUCCGUACAUUCUGCUUGUACCACCGCCCUCAGGUCAAUUUACUAAAUGAUUUAUUUGAUAAAAAUUGGAUGGGAACUUUUGAGAACGCCAACUACUGUAACAUUUGCUAUUAUCCUGUCGUUUAAAACUUUACUACAUUUUGUCUGUUCGUAUGUGAUGCUAUUGUACCCAACACCG